UUAAUUGUAUAUUAAAUAUGGAUCCUCAAUUUUUGUUAAAAGAUGAAGUCGAAUUCGAACUUGCGUGUCGGGGGUAUACUUAUCCAGGCUUAGUUUCAGCUCUUAAAAUUAUCUUAAAAAAAAUGUUAGAAGCUGAAAGCUCAAUGAUAGUCUCUUAUGAAAUAAAGUCACCGCAAGCAUCUAUUACCACCCCGGGGCUAGAACUAGACAUUUGUUCAGACAAAAUAAGCAAUGUUAUGCGUUAUGUCUCAGAGUUAAAAGAAAAGCCAGAUAAACAGUUGUACAAACGUCUAGUUUCUCGUUUGUGUCACAUUGUCAACAGAUUGAAAUUGGCCGCGCCUACGGAAGAGGAAGACAGAGAUAGGCGUAACAUACUAUUAGAUAAGGCCGUUAUAACUUUAAAAGAUUUAGAGGGCAAAGACGACAUACUGGAUGGGGAGGAAAUAACUCCGGAAAUGAAAGAGGCUUUACAUAACUCCAUAGGUGAGGAUAGUAAAAAAAUUUUAAAUCUUUUAAAGGAAGAAAAUAUGAUGACGAAACCUAUGGCAUCUACGUCUAAGGAAUUGCACGGAGUGUUAGUAGAAGAAGAUCAAAGUUUAAAAGAUUCUUUAGAACACAAAAAGGUAUGUUUUGCGCAAGAGGACUUUGAAAGUCCAACUUUUCAUGGCAAAAAGCGAAACUCUAAAUUAUUUAAUUCCACUUCAUUCGAGGAGACUCGACCAGUACGCAAGCUUGUACCUAUAAGUCAAUGGGGUGUCCAUUUUUAUGGUGACAAUAAAUUUAGCGUGAAUGCUUUUAUUGAACGGGUUGAGGAACUUCAGGAGGCUAGGAACGCAACUGAGGAUGAUUUAUGGCGUCAUGCAAUUGAUUUUUUUAAGGAUGAUGCGUUAAUUUGGUUUCGUGCAAAUAGAGAGUUUAUAAGUACUUGGAAUGAGCUGGUAAUCUUGCUUAAACGGACAUUUCAAUCUCCUUACUACCAAGAGGAACUAUUGACCGAAGCAAAAGCUAGAACACAAGGAACCGAAAACGUCAGUUUACUCAUUAGAACCCGAUUUAGCUUAUAAAUUGAGCAGAAAUUCUAUGACUAACAAUGACUUAGUUAAUGAAAUAAAAACCACCAAUAAAAGUAGUGUGAACAUGCGGUGCUGGAAUUGUCGUGAAUCUGGUCAUUUAUUCAGAUCUUGCACCAUGCCAAAACAGCGUAUAUUUUGUUAUCGUUGUGGUCAUUUUGGCGUAACUGCAAAAGAUUGUACCUGCAAGGGAAACGCCAAAGAGGAGGGUUUGAAACCUGCCAACUGAACCUCUCCUCUAAAACUAAUAAAGUGUGGCAGAACUGGCUAAAUUUUAUUCGUAUCGUCAUGUCCAAGAAAGCACUUUCACCCUUAACCCUCAAGAAAGAAAAUGAUAACAGGCCAUACAUACAAAUAAACAUUUUAAAUUAUAAUUGUUACGGAUUAUUAGAUACAGGUGCCACUUGUUCAGUCAUAAAUAGUGAAUUCGCAAGAACUUUGAAGCACUUGGGGGUUAAAAUACAGAAAAUAAAAUCUAUGGAUAUUGCAACUGCAGAUGGUGCCAGUUAUUCUGUAACUGAAGGUUUUGAUGUUCCGGUAAGUUUUAAUGAUCAGUUUCACUAUAUCACUAUGCUUCUUAUGCCUAAUUUGUCACAGAAAUUGAUAUUAGGUAAAGACUUUUUUGACAUUUUUGAAAUUUCCUUUAAAUUUAAAGGAGUGUUGGUAAAAGAAUUAUCAGAAGUCAACAACAUUGAAGAUAAAGCAACGCAUUUAACAAGUAAAGAAGAUUUAGAUGAAAGUCAACAACAACAACUAACUGAUAUUAUUGAAGAAAUACGGAAAUGUAUAGGUACAGGUUUAGGUAGAACUAAAAUUAUUAAGCACACUAUAGAUACAGGGAACAGUAAACCAAUAUAUCAGAAACAGUAUGUUUUUUCUCCGGUCAUUAAGAAAGAAAUCGAAAGCGAAUUAGAUGAAAUGUUAGAAAAAGAUGUGGUUGAACCGUCUCACAGUCCAUGGUGUUCACCGGUGGUACUUGUUAAAAAAGCUAAUGGUAACAACAGACUUUGUUUAGACAGUCGUCAGCUAAAUAAAGUUACAAAAAGGGACACAUACCCACUUCCAAGAAUAUCUAGCAUUAUCGAUAAUUUACGUAAUGCAAAAUACCUUAGCACUUUUGACUUAAAAUCCGCCUUUUGGCAAAUUGAACUUGAGGAAACUAGCAAAGAAAAGACCGCAUUUGCAAUUCCAGGUAGAGGCCUUUUUCAUUUCAAAGUGAUGCCAUUUGGCUUAGUAAAUGCGUCACAAUCGCAACAACGGUUAAUGGACAUAUUAUUUCACGCCUUAGAGGGUAAAGUGUGGUCUUACCUUGAUGAUAUCGUGGUCUGCUCUAAAACCUUUCAAGAACACCUAGAAAUCCUGAGACAGGUAAUGAAUAUUCUGGAAGAAGCUGGAUUAACAAUAAAUGUUGAGAAAUGUAAAUUUGCAAGGCCGAGUUUACGAUUUUUAGGUUACAUCAUAGAUGAAGAUGGUCUGCGCACUGAUCCCGAAAAAGUUUCGGCAAUCAUGAACUUUCCAAGACCUAAAAAUAUUUCUGAAUUACGAAGGUUCAUCGGAAUCGCUAGUUGGUAUCGGAGAUUCGUUAAAAAUUUUUCACAAAUUGCUGCUCCACUUCAUGAUUUGACAAAAGGUAAGAAAAACAAAAAGUUUGUCUGGACAGAUGAGACAGAAAAAGCAUUUCUUAAAUUAAAAACAUUGCUCACUACAACACCGGUCAUCUCCUGUCCAGAUUUUAGUAAAACUUUUAUAAUACAAUGUGAUGCAAGCAACAAAGGAAUUGGCGCAGUACUCUGUCAAAAAACUAAUAAUGCAGAACAACCGAUAUCUUAUUUAAGUAGGAAACUUAAUAGCCGUGAACAAUUGUACUCGACAUCCGAACGGGAACUUUUAAGUAUAGUUUAUGCAAUUGAGAAAUUCAGACCCUACAUAGAUGGUACUCACUUCACAGUUAUUACUGAUCAUAGUGCACUUAAAAUGCUACACAAUAUGAAAGAUCCGCAUGGUAGAUUAGGACGGUGGGCUAUGAAGUUACAACAAUUUAGCUUUGAUAUAGUUCAUAGACCAGGCAGAAGUAAUGUGGUGCCAGAUGCCCUGUCUAGGUGUGUUGAUGCAAUUAUGGACAAUGAUCGGGGAAAUAUAAGGAUAUUAGAUAAACAUAAGGAUGAGUGGUAUAAAAGUAAAGUUGCUAAAUUUGGAAGUGAACAGAAUAAUUGUAACGACUGGCAGGUUAGAGAGGGUCUUUUAUACAAGAAAAUUUGUUUGAAGCAAUAUCCCAAUGAAUCGAAUGACUGGAAACUAGUCAUUCCACAGUCUUUGAGAUCUGAUAUUUUAAGACACUGUCAUGAUGAUGUUACAGCAGGCCAUUUCGGAGUGCGCAAGACUUUAUUCAGGAUAAAACAACAUUACUUUUGGCCAAAUAUGCUGAAUGACAUUAGGCAAUAUGUAAGGAAAUGUGAAACUUGUGCAAAAGUGAAAGUAUCACAGAAAUCACCCUUAGGUCAUAUGGGUCAAGAGAGGACUGUUACUGGACCUUGGCAAGUCAUAUCAACAGACCUCAUGGGCCCCUUUCCAAAAAGCAAGAAUUUGAACACAAUGCUUUUAGUAAUAACCUGUUUAUUUAGUAAAUUCACACUAAUGUUUCCCUUGAGAACAGGAAAAGCAGACAAAAUUUGUGAAAUUUUAGAGAAACAGUUCUUACUUUUUGGCAAAGUUUCAGCUAUAAUCUGUGACAAUGGAAAGCAAUUUGUAUCACAAAUAUUCAAAGAUCUCGCACAUAAAUAUGACACUCAAAUUUGGUAUACUCCUAAUUAUCAUCCUCAAAGCAAUCCUACAGAACGUGUAAACAGAGUUGUUGGCACAAUGAUAGCGUCUUACAUUAAUUCAAGAAAACAUAAUGAAUGGGAUAAACAUUUGCAAGAAUUUGCACACGCAAUACGGACAUCAGUUCAUGAAACUACUGAGUACACACCCUCUUUUUUAUUCUUUGGCCGAGAAACAUCCUUUCCCGUAAAACUGACUGGUGAAUCUGUUGGUACACAACACGUAGUGCAGAACCAACCGAUACGUGUGGACAUUGAAGAAUAUUUACAUAGCUUAAAAUCGCGAUCGAAAUUACAUAGAGAGGUUGAACAAAGGAUAAAGCUCGCACAUGACAAAAGUCUCAGGUUUUAUAACGAAAGACGUCGUAAAGCAAACUUUAAAGAGGGCGAUAUAGUAUGGAGACGAACGAAAUUCCUGUCAAAAGCGGGAACCAAAUUUAUGGCCAAGCUUGCACCGAAAUUUGAAAAAGCUCUAAUUGUUAAAAAAUUGUCGGAUAAUGUAUUUCAGCUAAAUAAUGCUUAUGGCAAACCGAUUGGCGUUUGGCAUGCAAAAGAUUUAAAGACUGUGGGCUGAUGCAUAGAAGAAAUAAAAUAUAUAUAUUUUAGAUAAAAUAUAUAUUUUUUUUUUCUUUUGUAGGUUGGGGGAAUGUUAUGAAUUAGUAUUACGACUCUUUGAGUAUAACAUAUUAGAUAAUUUCACACUUUCGGUCAUAACGUUCGUGGUCUAGCGGUAUCGACGAUAGAAUCGUGAAGCGUUAUACUGUCGUCUAUCGGGGGUUCGAAUCCUGGCUUCAUUUUCGUUUUUAGUUUUUUUUGUUUCUU